UUAAUCACAGUCUCCAGCAGAGCCUCCAAUAUAAUAAUUCAAAGAACAAUAAUUAUUAUAACUUGAUACAAUCGUGAUUUUUAAAACGUAAUCCGUUGUCGAAGAGUAUCACAGCACACGACCAAAACCAAAUACCAAGUCAGCCUGAGCAAGUGUGAAGGGGAAGGGGGCGUUAUAGUUCGCUGUGUUCUGCGUUUAUUUUUGUUUUGUACUUCGUAGUAAAUAAGUAAAAUGGUUAUAAAACACCACGUAGAAGGCUAUGAUAAUUUUCGCAAGUUCAUUGACAAAUUUGACAGCAAAGGCCAAGUAGUUCAUGUGUAUUUUUGCGGUUCUAAAUUAGAAAACGGCGAGAGUUGGUGCGAUGAUUGCGAACGAGCAAAGCCCGUCAUACAACAGGAAUUAGAAAAAGCUGAUCCCAAUUCACAUUUUGUUUAUGUAGAAGUCGGCGAUCGUCCAACAUGGAAAGAUCCAAACUGCCCGUUUAGAAAAGACCCAAAAACAAAGCUGAUGGUUCUUCCGACCAUAGUUAGAUGGAAGUGCCCCCAAAGAUUAGAAGGUGAACAGUGCGAGAAGCCCGAGUUAGUUAAUAUGUUGUUCUCCGAAGAGGAUUAAUUUACAUUCCGUUUUACCAAAUAUUCUGUUGAAGUACUUUUCAGUAAAUACCUGUUGCAUAUAUAUAUGCAUUUACCUAUAAAUUUAUGUUUAUUA